CGGCCCGGCUCUGCUCCACGCCGCCAGCUCCACUCCGCGAAGGCAGCCGCCGGGGCAGCCUGGCCGAGCAGCUGGGUUAUCCGGCCGGCGGCUGCGGAGGCCUCGGGUGGCGGCGGCGGCGGCGGGCUCUGCUGCUGCUGCUGCUGGUCUCCUUGCCUCGCUGCUGCUGCUGCUGCUGCUGUUGCGGCUGUCGGCGCCUCCGCUCGCCCCCCGCCCUCCGAUGAGCUCCUACUUUGUCAAUCCGCUGUACUCCAAGUACAAGGCGGCGGCGGCGGCGGCGGCAGGAGGGGGCGAGCCGCCCAUCAAUCCCGCUUACUACGUCUGUCACUUUGCGCCCGCCCGACCGACGAUUUUUACGACACACCAAGAGGCCGAGCUGCUUCAGUAUCCCGACUGUAAAUCGUCCUGUGCUAAUAUUGGCGAGGAACCAAGGCCCUUAAAUCAGAGCGCGUCUCCUUCUCCAGUUUUUCCCUGGAUGAGACCACAAGGUUGGACCCAAACUCCUUGCCUUUCUCCCUUCCCCUUGCCUUUCUCUGCGUGCUUCCCCAAGCAAUUCACAACCCUGUCUUUGGAAUUCCUGCACCUAUCAACCCCAGCUGAUAGUGGGGAAUAUGGGUCUCAUCCACCGUAUCUAGAAAUCGGUAGUUGA